UUUUUUUUUUUAUCAGUUUUGAGACAGAGACUGUACGCAAGUGCAACACGGCGCACACUGGCACGUUUAAGUUAUGAUUGAGGUCACAAGCCAGCAAGGUGCUGUCCUCGCCUUCCUGUCUGUCUCCACCAUGAGCUUCAUCUGUGCUCUGUGUAUAUGCUGUAGAAAGAAAUCCAAGAUUGUACAGGAGAAUAGCCAACUCUAUAUUCCACAUGUAUUUCACCGAGAGGGGAGCAGGUUUGCUGUGACAAGGUCAAAAACAGUGACGAAAACUAACCAGAUGGGCACAACUCCAUGUUCGAGCUCAGGAAAUCUUGCAGACACAUCUAACAGCCAGCUGAACUCAGCUCCCCAGGACACGGGGAGCAGUUACCAGAAUAUUCCAAAGGAAGUUUGUGUGGAACCCACCUAUGUACACCCCAUAGCAAAUUCGCCACAGCAAAAAAGUGCUUUGGAUGAUGACACUGGUGACUAUGCAAACAUUUUCCGAACGCAACAUAUCCAACAUGACUCAGACAGUUACGAUUAUGAAAACGCAGAAUUCCUGGAACACAGCAAAAUAGACGACGAUGAGGAGCCAGAUUAUGUCAACGCAGACAACUAACACAAAGUUUUAUGCUGUUAUUCAAGUUAGAUUAAAUAUACAUGAGAAUAGAUUGGCAUAUUUAAUAACACAGAACCAAUGCAUUGUAAACUAAUUUAAUGUUUCAUGGUUUGUAUGUUGGUCGUAUUUGAACUUUUAGUGAAACUAUUCAUGUAAUAAAUCCAUGCCACUGUGAA